AUGAAUAAUUUGCUUUUCUCGGCCUGUUUGGUGUCGGCUUUCAUUGCCACAGUAAGUGCCAUGCAAUGCUAUUGGGGUUCGUUCUUAAUGAGCACGUAUAAAUUGACUCAACUUCUGAAACUUUCAGGUGUUAGUGGAUACACUGGUCGUCCGCUCUGGAAAAGAGAAUGUGGCGAGGAACAUUGCAUAAAGUGAUUCUUUUUUUUUUAGAAAAAACUCAUGAAGUCCUUCAGAAUAACCGAUGAAAAAGGAGUGGAGACUCGUAAUUGUGAUCUGACCUCUUAUUGCCCAGUGGGUUCACCUUCUUGUUAGUCGAGACAUGAAUUUAAAUUUUAUCAGAAAUCCGGUUGCGCUUCAAACCACCUUGGAGGGAAAACGUGUUGCUGCAAUUCCCAACUGUGCAAUUCGUCAUCCCGCCCUUUCAAUUGUGUGAUCGCUUCGUUGGUGUCUGUAUUGUUCAAUUUGCUGAACAGAUGA